AUAAGAAAAAUGGAAUAAACUUUGAAGUAGUACAGUGAUGAUUCUCCAGCACUUGAGAACUGUAUUCAGAGCUACAAGCCUCUGCCUUCCAAGUUCACAAGUACAGCAAUAUCUAGAUAUCAAUAAAAGAUGUCUGAAUACUAGGUUAGUUCACAGUCAAAGAAGGGUUGUUGUCACAGGUAUAGGAUUAGUAUGUCCUCUUGGUGUUGGAACCCAGUUGGUUUGGAAUAAUCUUCUCCAAGGAAAUUGUGGGAUUGUUGCCCUUAAAGGGGAAGAAUAUGCUUCUGUUCCUUGUAAAGUUGCUGCUUGCGUGCCAAAAGGGGUUGAUGAAGGUCAGUUCCAUGGAGAAAAUUUUAUAACAAAAUCAGACAGCAAAGCUAUGUCUUCUGCCACCAUCAUGGCCAUAGGUGCUGCUGAUCUAGCAUUAAAAGAUUCUGGUUGGUCUCCGCAAUCUGACCAGGAUAGUUUGAAAGCUGGUGUGGCUAUAGGAAUGGGAAUGGUUCCACUGGAAGAUAUCUAUGAUACAGCUUUGACAUUCAAAACAAAAGGCUACAACAAAGUCAGCCCUUUUUUUGUUCCAAAGAUUUUGAUCAAUAUGGCAGCAGGUCAUAUUAGUAUCAAACAUCAAUUGAAAGGACCAAACCAUGCUGUGUCCACUGCUUGUACCACUGGAGCACAUGCCAUCGGAGACUCUUUUCGAUUUAUAGUUCAUGGUGAUGCUGAUGUGAUGUUGGCGGGAGGAACAGAAGCUUGUAUUAGCCCAUUGGCUCUGGCUGGAUUUGCCAGAGCUCGGGCUCUGAGCACUAGCUUUAACUCAAACCCUCAAAAAGCUUGUUGUCCAUUCCAUCCACUAAGAGAAGGAUUUGUCAUGGGAGAAGGUGCCGCAGUUUUGGUUUUGGAAGAAUACAUGCAUGCUAUUCAGAGAGGAGUCAAACCAUAUGCAGAAAUUUUAGGCUAUGGACUGUCAGCUGAUGCCUGCCACAUUACAGCACCUGAUCCAAAUGGAGAUGGAGCUUCAAGGUGCAUGUCUGCAGCAAUCAAAGAUUCUGGAAUUUCUCCUGAAGAUGUAACAUAUAUCAAUGCUCAUGCCACCUCGACUCCACUAGGAGACGCUGCAGAGAAUCAAGCUAUCAAAGACCUUUUUAAAGGUCAUGCCUAUGCCCUUGCAGUCUCCUCAACUAAAGGAGCAACAGGUCAUCUCUUGGGUGCUGCAGGUGCUAUUGAGGCAGCUUUUACUGCUUUAGCUUGUUACCAUGGAAUUUUGCCACCUACUUUAAAUCUGGAUCGGACAGAGUUACCAUUUGAUCUCAAUUAUGUUCCACUAGUACCACAAGAAUGGAAAAGUAAACAGCGGCUUAUUGCUCUCAGUAACUCCUUUGGUUUUGGUGGAACUAAUGCAUCAUUGUGUUUUGGUAAUAUUUAAGCUUAUAAUCUGUAUAUAUUCUGGAACCUGGCAGUUAUUG